AUGAACGGGGGUGCACCACAAGAUCAUAAUCUUGCUGGUCAAAGACCUCUACGGGAUUAUGUACUCCCUACUGUCACAGGGGUACACUCAAUCAUUCAUCCACCAGUAGUAGAGGCAAACAAUUUUGAGAUCAAGCCUGCUAUCUUGCAGAUGGUCCAAACUGCAGUUCAAUUUAGUGGCCUCCCCACUGAAGACCCCAAUAUGCACAUAGCCAAUUUCCUGGAGUUGUGUGCCACCUUCAAGAUGAACAGGGUGAGUGAUGAUGCCAUUAGAUUGCACUUGUUCCCAUUCUCACUACGGGAGCAAGCAAAAAGUUGGCUGAAUUCACUUGAGGCCAUUACUCUCACCACUUGGCAUGCUCUAGCUCAGAAGUUCUUAGCGAAGUUCUUUCCACCUGCCAAUGCUGCUAAACUGAGUGGGGAGAUCAAUAACUUCUCUCAACUUGAGGGAGAAUCUUUGUAUGAUGCUUGGGAGAGGUUCAAGGACUUGAUCAGAAAAUGUCCUCACCACGGUAUUGAGAAGUGGAUGUUGGUCCAUAACUUUUACAAUGGUUUGUGCGGUACCACUCGCACAAUCAUUGACGCAGCAGCAAGAGGAGUGUUUAUGAGCAAAAGUGCUAAUGAAGCUAAUGAAAUCUUAGAGGAAAUGGCCAAUAAUAAUUACCAAUGGACAAGUGAACGAUCAGGCAGUAAUAAAAAGGUUGUAGGGGUUCAUGAACUAGAUGCAAUCACAGCCUUAACUGCUCAAGUUGCAUCUGUAACUAAGCAGCUACAACAAAAUACCAAGUCUGCCCAAGUUGCGCAAACCCAAUUUAUGACUGAGACUAGAUCCUCCAUCAGAAAUUUGGAGAUGCAAGUGGGGCAGCUGACCAAUAUGUUGAAUGCUAGGCCUCAAGGGAAUUUUCCUAGUAAUACCGUGGUAAAUCCUAAGGAGCAGUUUCAAGCUAUCACUUUGAGGAGCGGGAAAGAAAUUGAGGGUCCUUCUCUAAAGGGGGCUCAAGAAAAGAAGGUAGAAGAAGAGGGGAGCUAUGAAAAAGUUGAGCCCCAAGUGGAGGAAAAGGUUACUGAAGGCCUUGCAACCAAAGAGAAGAUUCAAUCAGAAGUUGUUGAUUCUAAUGUCAAAAUCCCCUAUCCACAAUGA